CACUUUCUCUGUGUUCAAGUAAACCUGAGAAGCUUCCUGAAACUCGCUCUUUCACUUUCACCAGUUCAGAUCUCUCUUUUGCUGCUUCUCCUUCCCAUUAAUCCUCACCUUACUCCUUGUUGGCGUCUCCAUGGCUUCCUGUCUGAAAAAUGAUCUCUCCUGUAUGGUGUGCAGCAAACUUUAUAGGAAUCCUCAGCUGCUUCCCUGUGGACACAGUUUCUGCCGCUGCUGUCUGGACAAUCUCUGUACCGCCAACUCCACUUACGUCUGCUCUGUUUGUCACUGGUCAACAAGACAGAAACCCGUGGCCAAUCUGGUUCUGAGGAACGCCUGUGAGUCGUACCUGAGGGAGAAAGAGAAGGAGAACAACGAAGAAGUCAGAUGUUCUCAACACGGAGAGAAAAUGAACUUCUUCUGCAAGACGGAUGAAAAAGUCAUUUGUACAGAGUGCAAAACUUACAGCCACAGCUCUCACAGAGUGCAGCCUCUGGCACAAGCCGUACAGCAACACAAGAGACAAGUCAAGGCUGCCCUCCGUCCUGCUGAGAAGGCUUUGGAGUGUCUAUGCCACGGCACUACUGGGCACGCCAAAAUCAACAGAUUUAUUCAGUAUCAGGCCAAGCAGACAGAGAGGAUGAUCAGGAAAGAUUUUGAGAAACUUUAUCAGUUCCUCAGAGAGGAAGAGGAAUACAGGAUUGCAGCACUAAGGGAGGAAGAGGAGAGAAAAACAGAAAACAUGGAAGUGAGGGUAGAACAACAGAUACUGUCUCUCUCGGACAGAGUGAGAUAUGUGGAGGACAAGCUGGAGGACGAUGAUGUGACGUUCUUGCAGAACUUUAAUCCCAUCCUACAGAGAGCUCAGUGCACAGUUCCAGAUCCAGAGCUGGAUUCAGGAACACUGAUUGAUGUAGCCAAACACCUGGGGAACCUGAAAUACAGAGUGUGGGAGAAGAUGAAGGAUGUCUGUUCUCACUAUCCUGUGGUGCUGGACCCAAACACUGCUCCUGCAGACUUAUCCAUUUCAGAUGACCUCAGAUGUGUAGGAAAGUCUAUAAGCAACCGCCCGAGCCCCAUUCCUCAUCACAGAAACCGAAUAGUGCUGGGAUCUGAAGGCUAUAAUGGUGGCUUCCACUGCUGGGACGUUGAGGUUGGAGACAGCAAGCACUGGACCAUCGGAGUCUGUGAAGACACAGCUGCAAGAAGGCCUGUGGAAUCUUUGACACCCAGAAAUGGGUUUUGGGGCCUCAGCUGUGACGGUUAUACCUGCAAGGUCCUGGGCACCACAAACACCUGGCACUGGUGGAAUAAGAUACCCAGAACGGUACGGGUUAAGCUGGGACACCAUCUCAUAUGGAGGACAGUGAGCUUCUUCGAUGCCAGUGAUGGAUCGAUGAUUGCAGGUUCUAUUAAGGUGCCCUCUGUGAAGCUGUUUCCUUUCCUCAUCCCAGGGGAUCAUCCCUCAGUUCUGCGCAUUCAGCAAGAUCAUGUUACUGUUACUGUGCAGGAGAAAUUCAGCUUCUUAGGGAGGUCCAUAGAUGCGGAUGUGAGAACGAUGCCUUUAUAUAUAUAUGUAUUCGUAACUGUGGCAUUUUUCAUAAUAUUGUUGUUUUUUAAUAGUAUUACAAAUAGCUACAAAUAUUGAUUCUAGGACCACUCUACCAAAUUAGUUCAAACUGCCAUUCUACAGUAAAAACAUAAAAAGAAAAAAAUCGGACCCUAAAUAUUCAUAAUUGUUACGAUAUAUUUAAACCCAAAACAUUAAUUGAGUGAGUUAAUAGCUCAAAAGGUGUUUUGAACUCUGACUUUGCAUCAGGUAUGUAGAAUAAUCCUUUGGUAGGUGGUUGGGAGCUAAUUUUGUUGAUGUUAAACACUAAUAGAUGUUAGUAUGUUAACCAUCAUGUACAGUUGUAUGCAAAAGUUUGGGCACCCCUAGUCAAAUUCCAUUUUG